AUGCCUUCAUCUUCUAGUCUAGAGAGAGAGAUAGACGACUACCAGGACGGUUCUUCUGAGAGUGACGGUAGUGUAGAUAGUUCGUCCUGUAGUGACUCCUCAGACGAGCAUUACUCGUCUGGGGUUCCUGGGAUUCCCUUAGAGGAAUUUCAGGAACAACAACGUAGGGCGGCUUCUGGAUCUGGGGCUAGCUCGUCCAGACAGCCAUCAAGUCCUCCUCAAGACGAGGAAGAGGACGAAGAUGUAAUCUAUAGUUGUGCCCCAGAGGUAGCGUCCACCUUAGACGAUGCUAAGUUAAAAACUCUUGUAGAUAGAUACCAAAUCCCUAAAGAGCUUAACCCUCGUCUACCCCAGCCUGGAGAAUGGUGUUGUUCCCCUUCCUCAGGCUUAGGGGUAUACGCUUCUUACCUAUUAGCUGGCCUUAGGUUUCCCUUAAACUCUUUCUGCAGAGACCUCUUCCAAAGGUUGGGUAUUGGGCCAAACCAGCUCAAUCCCAAUGGUUGGAGGACGAUAGUUGCCAUGCAAGUAUUAUGGCGUGAGGCAUUGGAAGGGAACCGUCCAAUUACAGUGGACGAGUUCCUUUACUGUUAUAAGCCCUCAGAGAUCAAAAAAUCUGCUGGGUUCUACCAGUUCUCGUCCAGAGGUUCGUAUUACAGUUUAAUAACGAGCCGUAGUUCGUCUGACCGUCUUUGGAAAAAAGAAUUUUUUAUUAUUUCUGGAAAUUGGGCUGGGGACCCAGCUGAUGUGGGUAUUCCCUCCUUCCCUCCUUUUACCAGCCCUCUAGGUCGUCUUCGCCCUGAGGCUGUCGUUCGUCCACGUUUGGAUAAGUUUUUCUUGGAUCAGAUAGAAGUGGUUCGCACUUUUCCAGGAAGGACUUUCCACGACUUGGUUACUUUUACUCGUCUAGCAACUUGGGGACUUGGUCCAAUCCCAACUGCUGAGAAUUUAAGUCACGAAGAGCUCACUCGUCGAAGGAUAAGCACGAUGAGGGAAAACAAAGAGAAAACAGUGGCUAGCGGGGACGAAGAUGCUGCUGCUCCUACUGUCAAAGUGGCUUCCGUCCAGGCUGGGAAGAGGAAGUCAAAACCAAUUUCAAGUACUGUGGACCUGGACGACCUUCCCAGUCGUCGUGGCCACAAGAAGCAAAAACAAAGGCCUUCCCUUCCAAAGGUUCCCAAGUUCGUGCCACCAACAGUGAACUUGGACGAGCCUGUGGUGGACGUGGAGCCCGUCCAAACGAUUCAUCCUGCUCCGUCUGAUCCUCCCCCAGCUCCCAAAACUUCUCAGAAGUCUGGCUCGUCUGAAUCCUCUGAUCGUCCCUCUAAUUUGGUUCUGGACGAGGGUUAUGCAUGGAGGACGUUCAAAGGGAUCGUCACUGAUCAUGAGGUUAACGAAUGCUACAACAUGUCAGUGAAGGAGUUUGAGCGUUCUGGCAUCCAUGACCUUUUCAAGGUAAAUUUCUUCCUCGUCCUUGUGUGUAAACAUUUAAUUUGAAUAAAAUGUCUAACUCCUUUUCGUCCAAAUGCAGGCUAUGUCAAAGUUUUAUACAGCGACCUGCCAGG